UCGCGAUAUCUGCGGCAAUCAGUGGAUUGGACCGUUGCGGGUUGCGGGUGAUCUGUUUUAGUUUCUUUUGUCGGCUACGCUGCUGCGUUGCUUGGAGUGGCCGGCGGAGCACCAUGACUUCAGCCCUGGAGACCUACAUCAACCGAACUGUUGCUGUUAUUACUUCUGAUGGGAGAAUGAUAGUGGGAACACUGAAGGGUUUUGACCAGACCAUCAAUUUGAUUUUGGAUGAAAGCCAUGAACGAGUGUUCAGCUCUUCACAGGGAGUAGAACAAGUGGUACUAGGGUUAUACAUCGUAAGAGGUGACAAUGUUGCAGUCAUUGGAGAAAUUGAUGAAGAAACAGAUUCUGCACUUGAUUUAGGGAAUAUACGGGCAGAACCUCUGAACUCAGUAGCACACUGAGGAAGAAUUACAUACAUUGGACACCUGUGAAUCUUUGUACAGAAGCUGAUUAUUCUGAGGAUGAUGUGUGGAAUUAUUGUAAAUGUGUAAUUGUGCAAUUUUGACUCCAUAUUGAUUCAUUGUAAUAUGAUAAAUUAAAAUAUUUUUACAUUCUUGAAUAAACUUUUUUUUGGCCUAAA